GCUUAUCUGUGAUCCUGAGUGGAGGGGAUGGGGGUGUGAUGCAGAAAUUGUGGGCAUGGAGCUUCUGGACUGUCAUUCCUGUUGUGAGCCUAUGAGGUGAAGGCGGUGGGGGCCAGUCAGCAGGACGGGGUAUAAAAGUGGUGUUUGGUGCCUCUGGGGAAUAAAUGAAGACAUCCUUUCUGGAGCACAGUGUUGUGUGUCUUUCAAGCUGCUCUCACACAGCCUUUCAAGAACCCACCGCUGAAGAGGGCGAGGAGCAAAGAGACAGCAGGGCGCAGACGGGAAGAAAUACUUGACUCCCCAGAAUUUCUGAGGCAAAGCGAGAGUCCUUCAGGAAAAGCUGGAAGAUGCUGGGAGAACCUGGCCUGACGUACCUCAUCACGGGAGGCUCUGGUUUCCUCGGUCAGCACCUGCUGCGGACCUUGUUAGAAAAAGAAGAUGAAAUUGUGGAAAUUCGAGUUUUUGACAUGCACAUCUCACCAAACCUGGGGGACUAUAGCACUGAGCGAGUGAAAGUGGUCCCCAUCCAAGGUGACAUCACAGACUACGCCAGCAUCCUGGCAGCUGCCAAGGGGGCCCACCUGCUCAUCCACACAGCCAGUCUUGUGGACGUCUGGCACAGGGUCCCGGAAGAGACCCUCUUCAAAGUCAAUGUUGAAGGUACACAGAAUGUGAUCAACGCGUGUGUGGAGGCUGGGAUCCAACACCUCAUCUACACGAGCAGCAUGGAAGUUGUGGGACCCAACUUGAAGGGCGACCACUUCAUCAGGGGGAACGAGGACACGCCGUACGACGUGUGUCACGAGAUGCCGUACCCGAGGAGCAAGGCCGAGGCGGAACGACUCGUGGUGAAGGCCAACGGGACAAAGGUCGAAGGAGGGCUCCGUCUCUACACCUGCUCCCUGCGCCCCACCGGGAUCUACGGCGAGCAGCACCAGCUGAUGCGGGACUUCUACCAGAUGGGAGUUCGCACCGGGGGCUGGGUUAUCCGGGGGGUCCCGCACAACACGGAACACGGCCGAGUUUAUGCAGGAAACGUGGCCUGGAUGCACGUGCUGGCGGCGCGCGCCUUGCGGGAGCAGCCCCACAAGCUGGGGGGGGAGGUGUACUUCUGCUACGACGAGUCGCCCUACAAGAGCUACGAGGACUUCAACAUGCAGUUCCUGUCGCGGUUCCGCUUCCGCCAAGUGCGCCUGCCCCUCUGGCUGCUGUGGCUCGCGGCGUCAUUCAACGACAUGCUGCACUGGCUCCUGAAGCCCGUGUGGAGCUACACGCCGCUGCUGAACCGCUACACGCUGGCCGUGGCGUGCACCUCGUUCACGGUGAACUCCGACAAGGCGUGGCGCCACUUCCGCUACGCGCCCCUCUACGGCUGGGAAGAGGCCCGAGGGCGAACCCAGCGCUGGGUCAACACUUUUACCGAGAGCACCAAGGACAUCUGACCCCACGCCCCCUUGCCCCC